AUGGUCGACCCCGCCGAAGGCAUGGAAUUUCUCUUUUUCGCACGAGUGCGCGCAGUCCGGUGCCAGUGGAGGGAGUUUGUCAGUGGCGAUGCGGUGCUGGCCGACAAUGCGAGGGCGCUUGUUGACGGCCUUGUCGCUCUGAAUGGCCUGCAGGGCAACCAUGCAUUCCUGGGCUGCGGUUCGCUUAGGUCAGUCACAUUCGUCGAGGGCGUCCGGCUGAUUGGGGAUGAGGCCUUUCGUGGCUCCCAGCUCACAGAGGUCACCCUCCCCCCUUCGCUGGAGCGCGUGGGUUGA